AUGGCCUCGAGAUCGAUCGUUCAUCUAUUAAUCGCCUGCGGCAUUUUGUCGCGACGACGUGUGACGCUCAAUCAAAAUCCCAGGUUUUCGAAUCAGCUGUUUGACAAUCAGUUGAAUCGCAAUCAGCAGCAAUUCUCGCCUAAACGCGGCUCGUCCGUCUCGUGUCCGGAGAGGAAUGGUCGUUAUCCGGUGCAGAAUCAAUGCGACGCUUAUAUCGAGUGCAUCGACGGGGUUGCCGAAGAAAAGUUAUGCCCUGAGGGCUUAUACUUCAAUCCUGAUGCCCGCUUCAAUUAUCCUUGCGGAUAUCCGAUCGACAUAGAUUGCACGGGCAGGCCAAACUUGCAGAAGGCAAACCCGACCGAGGACUGUCCCCAUCAGUACGGCUAUUUCAAGAUCGGCAAUCAUCAGCAUUGCGGACAAUUCAUGAACUGCGUGGACGGUCGUGGAUACGUGUUCGACUGUCCAGAAGGUCUGGCCUUCAGUUCGGAAACGUAUCGAUGCGACUGGCCGGAUCAGGUGCCGGAUUGCGACGCCGAGGCUUUCCUCGGCUUCCGUUGCCCGGAUGUGAAAAACAGUCCUUUCCUGGACGCCGAGAUUAAGUUUUACCGCAGCAACGUCGACUGCCAUCACUAUUACAUUUGCGUGAACGGCCGUCCGCGAUUGCAGAAUUGCGGCAUAGGAAACGCCUUUAACGACCUCAUCGACGCUUGCGACGCCGCGGAAAAUGUCACUGGCUGUGAACACGAAGCAAUAGUAAGAACUACUUCGCAAUAUAACCAGCCGAUACUUUUUUAAAUACGAGUGGAAUUGAAAAGCAAAAGCAAAUAUGUAAUGAUUCUAAAAGAGCAGUGGAAAAUCAAGAGCUACAGGAAAAAGG